AUGAGUUCGUUCGCCUGCGAAGAGAAGCCAGCAGCACCCGGAAAAGGUGGUCUGCUCGUGAAUGGUCGCUCAACGUGGAGAACCUCGAAAGGGAUCUGUGACCUACCGCCAACCGUCUUGCCCAAGCAGCUUCUCUUAGCUGUUGGGAGCCGAUUAAGCGUGAGGUUGUCUGAAGAUGCACCGCUUGCGGAGUGGCCUGGUGUCAAGGGGCUUGAGGGUUACGACAAUGGAAACUAUCUAGCGGUCCUCUACUUUGCAUGGGCCUAUAUCCUCUCUGCUCGAUGCGUUGAGUUGCUUAGUCCCUCGGCGGACCACGAAAGUCAGAUGGACUAUGAUGCACCGGGGAUAUCUAGCGCAGCACCACAACCGGACGAGCGACCUGCCAUCCAGAUCGACCUUGGGGAGGAGGUCUCUACUGAAGAGGCUCUCUGGUGGCGCACCAUACUCUCGUCUGAUGACUGCUGGGGUGCGACGACCAAGUAUAAUGGUCAAGUAUACUUCUCACCGUGGUCAGUUUCGGCAAAGGAUGUCGGAUUAACCGUGUCAUCCAAAUUAUCCGUGGUCAGCGAGUCAUCGCCGCCAUCAUCAGUUGUCGCCCUGGGAUACCUCACGCGUUUCUGCGAGCACUAUCGGUUAUAUGCCCAAUGUUCAGUCGCACUCACUGAAGUACUCUACAUUCCAUUUCUAUGGGGCAAAGCGAUUUCCCUUCCCUUUCCAAAACAGCUUUCCGGGGCGGAACUAACGGCAAGUUUUGGUCAUGUCUCUCUCACGACUAUCAAUGAUCUUCUUGAGACCCAUAAAGAACUGCUCCCUAAGUACAUGACCUUGAGUUCUAACCCUUGGGGACUCCGCUCUCUUCUGUGCAGUACCUUCUUCAAUCCUAAUAUUGAGUGUAAUCUUGUCAGCGCUUGGUUAAACCCGGCGUUUGCAGUGCUUAACUCGAUCUCUCCAACGAACCCGGCCUCAAUAGCUGCUUUACUUUCCAAGCGACAGCCUCAACUCGGAAUACUUUGGCUUGGAGCAGUUUGCUUGAAUGUAGUCAAACCUGUCCUGCGGGAUAUACAUAUAGGAAUGGUCGCACUAGAUCUUCCAGCUUCUGCAUGGACGGGGGUACCACAGACUUUUCUAACUUCUCAAACUCAACACGUCAAUGGUGAAUCCAUACGCCGCGAUGAUGAAUGUCGUUUAUUGUUCAUUACAGCCGCCGAAGGCCAUGACCGGCCUCCAAUAUGGCCCUGGAAGCCCUUCGGCGCGACGCAAUUAUGCGACACAGAGCUGACGGUUCGAGAGCACGCUCAAUGUGCCGCUACGCAUUGCCUAGAAUACCAAUCCUGGGAAUGGCUCUUGUCAAAUGAUGGUGCAAUUCAAGACUUUGGAAAGGGAGACAAAAGGCAGAUCGAUGACCAAACCUCAUCUUCCACCACCAAAAGGGAAUCCGCCACGCCCAGGCAUUUUAACUAUGAUCUCCUCUCGCAAUCUUUGUCUGAAGUCGCCACGCGUGGGAUUUUCCAAUGGUUAAGAUCAACGGGAUAUCCUCCGAACGAACGAUCGAUAUAUCAACAUUCUUGGAUUGAUAUCGACGGCACUGAUGACGAGGAGCCUGAUGAUGCGGAGUCAGAAUUGGGAAGAGAGUGCAGCGCAAAGGAACAGAAAGUCGAGAGUUGGUUGGACGGCAUUGACUAUUGA